AGCAAGGGGUGAGGAGAGAUGGGGGGAGGUGAGAGUGCAUGUGCAUGUGCAUGUGCAUGUGCAUGUGCAUGUGCAUGUGCAUGUGCAAGUGCAUGUGCAUGUGCAUGUGCAUGUGCAAGUGCAAGUGCAUGUGCAUGUGCAUGUGCAAGUGCAAGUGCAUGUGCAUGUGCAAGUGCAAGUGCAUGUGCAUGUGCAUGUGCAAGUGCAAGUGCAUGUGCAUGUGCAAGUGCAUGUGCAAGUGCAUGUGCAUGUGCAUGUGCAAGUGCAUGUGCAUGUGCAUGUGCAUGUGCAAGUGCAUGUGCAUGUGCAUGUGCAUGUGCAAGUGCAUGUGCAUGUGCAUGUGCAUGUGCAUGUGCAUGUGCAUGUGCAUGUGCAUGUGCAAGUGCAUGUGCAAGUGCAUGUGCAUGUGCAUGUGCAUGUGCAUGUGCAUGUGCAUGUGCAAGUGCAUGUGCAUGUGCAUGUGCAUGUGCAUGUGCAUGUGCAAGUGCAUGUGCAUGUGCAUGUGCAUGUGCAUGUGCAAGUGCAUGUGCAUGUGCAUGUGCAUGUGCAUGUGCAUGUGCAUGUGCAAGUGCAUGUGCAUGUGCAUGUGCAAGUGCAUGUGCAUGUGCAUGUGCAUGUGCAAGUGCAUGUGCAUGUGCAUGUGCAUGUGCAAGUGCAUGUGCAUGUGCAAGUGCAUGUGCAUGUGCAAGUGCAAGUGCAUGUGCAUGUGCAUGUGCAUGUGCAAGUGCAUGUGCAUGUGCAUGUGCAUGUGCAAGUGCAUGUGCAUGUGCAUGUGCAAGUGCAUGUGCAUGUGCAUGUGCAUGUGCAUGUGCAUGUGCAUGUGCAUGUGCAUGUGCAUGUGCAAGUGCAUGUGCAUGUGCAUGUGCAUGUGCAUGUGCAUGUGCAUGUGCAUGUGCAUGUGCAUGUGCAAGUGCAUGUGCAAGUGCAUGUGCAUGUGCAUGUGCAUGUGCAUGUGCAAGUGCAUGUGCAUGUGCAAGUGCAUGUGCAUGUGCAUGUGCAUGUGCAAGUGCAUGUGCAUGUGCAUGUGCAUGUGCAUGUGCAUGUGCAAGUGCAAGUGCAUGUGCAUGUGCAAGUGCAUGUGCAAGUGCAUGUGCAUGUGCAUGUGCAAGUGCAUGUGCAUGUGCAUGUGCAUGUGCAAGUGCAUGUGCAUGUGCAUGUGCAUGUGCAAGUGCAUGUGCAUGUGCAUGUGCAUGUGCAUGUGCAUGUGCAUGUGCAUGUGCAUGUGCAAGUGCAUGUGCAAGUGCAUGUGCAUGUGCAUGUGCAUGUGCAUGUGCAUGUGCAUGUGCAAGUGCAUGUGCAUGUGCAUGUGCAUGUGCAUGUGCAAGUGCAUGUGCAUGUGCAUGUGCAUGUGCAUGUGCAUGUGCAAGUGCAUGUGCAUGUGCAUGUGCAUGUGCAUGUGCAUGUGCAUGUGCAAGUGCAUGUGCAUGUGCAUGUGCAUGUGCAAGUGCAUGUGCAUGUGCAUGUGCAUGUGCAAGUGCAUGUGCAUGUGCAUGUGCAUGUGCAAGUGCAUGUGCAUGUGCAAGUGCAUGUGCAUGUGCAUGUGCAUGUGCAUGUGCAUGUGCAUGUGCAUGUGCAUGUGCAAGUGCAUGUGCAUGUGCAUGUGCAUGUGCAUGUGCAUGUGCAUGUGCAUGUGCAAGUGCAUGUGCAAGUGCAUGUGCAUGUGCAUGUGCAUGUGCAUGUGCAAGUGCAUGUGCAUGUGCAAGUGCAUGUGCAUGUGCAUGUGCAUGUGCAUGUGCAUGUGCAUGUGCAUGUGCAUGUGCAUGUGCAAGUGCAUGUGCAUGUGCAUGUGCAUGUGCAUGUGCAUGUGCAUGUGCAUGUGCAAGUGCAUGUGCAAGUGCAUGUGCAUGUGCAUGUGCAUGUGCAUGUGCAUGUGCAAGUGCAUGUGCAUGUGCAUGUGCAUGUGCAUGUGCAAGUGCAUGUGCAUGUGCAUGUGCAUGUGCAUGUGCAAGUGCAUGUGCAUGUGCAUGUGCAUGUGCAUGUGCAUGUGCAUGUGCAUGUGCAUGUGCAUGUGCAUGUGCAUGUGCAUGUGAGAGGAUUACACGCUCAUGCCAAGUGA